AUGUCGUCUCUCGUCAACAAGGUCAAGGAGGCUCUCCACUCCGACAAGUCUUCUGAGCCCGAGGGCACUCACGGACAUCACAACACCCGAGCGGCCAACGCUGCUGACCCUCGCAUUGACUCUGAUCGAGACCACCGCGCUGCCCACAACCUCAGCGGAAACACACACACUAGCUCUGGCAACUACGCUACCGGAGGUGCAACCCACGGCACUGACUCUCGACCCUUCGGUACUACAGAUGGCCCUGCCACCAAGACCGAUGGUCCUCACAACUCCAACCUCCUGAACAAGGCCGACCCCCGUGUCGACUCUGAUCGUGACCACAGCCGCAACAUGGGUGCCAACCCCCAUGGUACCUCUGGAACCGGUGCUUACAACACCUCUGAGAACACUCGCACUGGCGGCCUCGGCGGCAAUAACAUCUCUGAGAACACUCGCUCCAGUGCCCUAGGCGGCAGCAACAUGGGUACUCACGAGUCUAGUGCCCUCGGCGGCAGCAACAUGGGUACUCACGAGUCCAGCGCUCUCGGCGGCAACACCAUGCGCUCUGAGAACACUGCCGGAUACUCCUCUGGUCUCCCGGAGGGGUCUGUCGGCCCUCACAGCAGCCGAGUGGCUAACGCUGCGGAUCCUCGUGUCGACUCCGACAUGGACAACAGCCGAAACAUGGGAGCUCACAGCGGAGCUCACACCGGUACUCACACCGGCGCCCACACCGGCUCCGGUGCCUUCGGAAGCUCCACAACCACCCACGGCACUUCUACUCACGCCGGUGGUCUCGGAAGUUCCACACACGCCCAAGACAACCUCAACAAGACCAGCGGUGCUUACGGUUCCGGCCCUGCCCCCAACACUGUCGGCCCUCACAAGUCGGACAUGAUGAACAAGAUUGAUCCCCGUGUGGACAGCAACCUCGACGGCAGCAAGACCUACGGCGGCGACAAGACCUUCGAGCGAUCGAACAACACAUCCACUCACGCCCACGCCCACAAGGACCCAACCGACGCGGCUCAGGUUCCUCCUUCAGUGAUGCAACAGCACAUCGGCAAGCCUACCGUUGCGCAUGACGACCACUCUCAUGACCGGGCUCGGAGACACAGCGUUUCGCACCAGGAGGAUCAUCGGGGUCUGUAA